AUGGAAAAACAACUGUUUUCUCUUUGUGAAGCCGCCAAGAAAGCAUCUGUCGCUGCUGCCAUGGACAAUAUCUCCGAAAAUGGACCAGAGGUUUCCCGUUGUAUUGAUUGUUUGAAGCGCCUCAAGGACUUCCCUGUUACUGGUGAGCUUCUUGUUUCAACAGCAAUUGAUAAACAUCUCCGACAUCUCAGACAGCAUAAAAAAGGAAAGAUUCGAUUAAUGGCUAAGUGGUUGAUGGAGAUAUGGAGCAAGAAGAUCAAGGAAUAUUCUUCAAGAACCAAAGGCAAAUUUUUAUACAUUGAUUCUUCCAAGAAAACCCAGCAAUCUGUUCAAUCCACUAAAUCAACCAUCUGCCAUCAAUACUCUUCAAUUGGUUCUACAAAACUUGAAGAGAGGAUCAGAUUGGUGAAGAGGCUGGGAAAAAGCAAUCUUGGAAAUCGGAAGAUCAGAAGGCAUUAA